AUGACUACUCGUAAUAUAAUUGCAAUUGCACCUACUUCUGCUGUUACUGUACUGCUGAAAUAUCGAGAGACGGAGAAAGCGGAUUUCAAGAUCAAGAAGUUAGAACUGGACAUUGAAUUUCUCCAAACCUGUAAGAAUUAUAACAUUAUUCCUAAGUUUUUACAGUUUAAAGUGUAUAACCAUAGAUUCACUGACACCAAAUUAUAUAGAUCCUGGCUCUUCAAGCUCCUUAACUAUGAAAUUAGAGAAAAAACUAAACAACUAGCUUAUGAAAGUGCUAAGUAUCCCUUAUUACUACAAGAAUUGAGAAAUUUUACUUCAUUCAUUGAUUUUAAUUGCCUUAAAUGUUUAUUAACGAGGAACAACGAUAAAGAUCUUGUUAAGAUUAAAACUAGACAUUUGAGAAAGCUGCACAAUCUUGGCUUAACUCCAGAAUAUGAGGUCGAAAGCAGCAAAGUAAUAUUCAACCAUUCAAAUAGGAAACUAUCUGAGGAUGAAACCAAACUACUAAAUUUAGGUCUUGAUUUUGCUUUACCUUGUAAAUCCCCUACAUUUGCCGAACAUUUUUUAGCUUUUGAACGUCUAUGUCAUACCAUCAAUAACUGCCAAAUCCGUGACAACUCUGAAUCUAACAAACAGAGAGUUGUUGAGAAAAUUGCUAGUUUAGCUAAUGAGACCUUUUACGACUUCAAAAGACAUAGACAUUGGUUACCAUCCUUUAGCAAAGCCAACCACAACGCUUUGAAAUCUUUAAAGAAUGACCCUAGCAUCAUUAUUACCAAACCUGACAAAGGAAAAGGUGUUGUGAUAUUAGAUAAAAAGGAUUAUGUCAAUAAAGUAAAUGUACUUCUAUCAGACCAUACCAAAUUUAGAAAGUUAGAUACUGAGCCAUUUACGAAGAUUAUUCAGUUAGAGGACAAACUAAACAGAAUGUUAAAACAUCUGAAAGAUAAUGACUCCAUUUCCUUGGAUAUAUAUAACCAACUUAGAGCAUCUGGCUCUUUACCUGGAAUACUAUAUGGAUUACCAAAAGUUCAUAAACCCGAUAUACCAGUUAGACCUAUAUUGUCAGCUAUAAAAACAUUUAACUACAAUCUAGCCAAAUUUUUAGUGCCAAUCCUCAAACCUAUUACUACCAACGAAUACACUGUCCAAAACUCUUUUGAUUUUGCUAAACAGAUGUCCACAAUUAGCUUUGAAAAUCCUGUUAUUAUGGCCAGUUUUGAUAUACAGUCAUUAUUUACAAACAUACCCUUGAAAGAAACAAUAGAUAUUUGUACAAAUAGGUUAUUUGAAAAUACUGACAAUGUGCAUAACUUCACAAAAGACCAAUUUAUGAAAUUGUUAAAAUUAUCUGUGGAAGACUCUGUUUUUAUGUUUAACAACCAAUUAUACUCUCAAACUGAUGGCGUAGCAAUGGGAAGCCCGCUAGGCCCAACUCUCGCUAAUGUAUUUUUAUGUUAUCACGAGAGUAAAUGGAUAGCAGACUGCCCAUCCCAUUUUAAACCACUACUGUACAAAAGAUAUGUUGAUGACAUUUUCCUAUUGUUCAGUGAUGCCUCACAUGUAAACCUGUUUUUAGACUAUGUUAACUCUAAACAUGACAACAUACAUUUUACUUCUGAAGUUGAAGUCAACAACUCCCUGCCUUUUCUGGAUAUUAGACUUGAUCACGAUCAUAACACCUUUAAAACCUCUGUGUACAGAAAACCUACUUUCACUGCUGAUCGACCAGUCCUUGAUACUGAGGACCGUGUGCUCGAGGUCCUUGCAGCCCACGAUCAUGUCGUCCUCGUCGUCGGCAUGCGCUUCCACUCCUUCCAGCGUGCGAAAGGCCUUGCCAUCAAGCCCAGCUUUGCCACGAAAAACCGGAGAUGUUCAAACGCCGCACGCAGAAAAUAUGCGAAUCGGGAAAAGAGGACAGGUUUCCCAUCGGCAUCGAAAAUCAAGAUUUGCCUUCCGGGCCUCAGUGCAUUUUCAAGCAACUUCUCUGAUGCGCGAUCAACGGGAACGGAGAUCAGGCGCGGACUCCGAGCCAUAAAGAGCCAGGCAGAAGCCCUGCCGCAGGAGCGACCCGACGAAAAGGCGCCCGAAUGGAGGCCACCGGUCAUGAAGCCUCGAGACCUGUGGAGGCCAACUCUCCCCGGAAGGCAUAGAGACUGA